CCUCCUCCUCCUCCUCCUCCCGCACCCUCUGGCUUGGAAGAGUGAGCCGGACCUGUCGGCCCAAGGGAAGGCGGUGGGAGAACCUCUCGGCACACCGGGAUGUGAUCCAGGUCACACAAAGUCACAUUGAUCGCAGGACGCAAAGCAGCGACCUGAUAAGUCCUUGUCCUUCAGCUUCUCCUCAAGGAUGCACUGACUGCUGGUGGCUUUCUGCCUGAGGGACCAGGAGAGAAUGCCCCAAUGGAGAGGCUCCAGAGAUCCAUUUUACUUCCUCUCAUCCUGACUGCCUCGCUGCCAGGUCUUGGCUGUUGUUACUCUAUCACAAAAGGCCCUGCUAAUGCCACAGUCCUUGCUGGCUCCCAGGCCAGGUUUAACUGCACCGUGUCUGCAGGAUGGAGAAUCCUCAUCUGGCUGUCCAAUGGCAAUCCUGUCCUCACUGUCAUCAGCUCCCAGGGAUCCGUGGAAACCACAGACCGCUUCACCUCCCAGAAUUACACCAGUGGGGACGAGUUCACCUCGGAGCUCAUCAUCCACAACGUCCAGACGAGCGACUCCGGGAAGAUCGAGUGCAGCAUCCAGCAACCCAGCGAGAACAACUUUGCCUUUCUCUCUGUCCAAGUUAAUGGAUCUUUACUCAUCAAAAAUAGCACCUUAACAGUAAAAGAGAACAAAACAGUUGAAAUUGUUUGUGAGGCCUUAGGAUGGGCUCCAGCUCCAGACAUUACCUGGAUGACAAAUGACUCUUUCAUUGACAAGUCGAGUUAUGUCAACCAGCAAAGCCAAGGAUCUGAUGGCCUCCACAAUGUCCUGAGCACCCUGACUGUGACUCCAACAGCCACUGAGGUUCUGACUUGUUUAGCUGACAUAGAAGCACUCCCUGAACCUCAGAAUGCAACUGUGACUCUUAUUUUUGACAGCUCCACUGCAGAAAAUUACAGUGACGACGACAGCAACUCCUGGGUUAUUGUGCUUGCAGUUGUGCUUUCAUUUCUUGGCGUUGUCCUUCUGACCACUGUCAUUGUGGUGGUUGUUCGCUGCUGCCUGAAGAGGAGAGCAUCUACGUAUCAAAGUGAAAUCAGAAAAGUUUCAGCUGAGAAGAAACAGGAUGGAGAUUUGGAAAGCAGGCAGAGGAAUGGCAGUGAAAAUCCAGGAUACCUUCCAGAGGAACUGUGGGACACGGAUCAAAGCUCAGGAAUUGCCUCUCUUCCCCCAGCAUCUUCCAAGUCCACUGGCCCUGAGGACAGUUUGUACAUCAGAUCUGUGCCAAAGGUGCGACCCCAAAGACGUCCUGAUUACCUGAUCAGCCCCAAGAAAAUCAGGAACGUGACCCUGGUGUAGGAUGGACUUUUCCAGGAUAUUUUCCUUUUUUUUUUUUUUUUUUUUUUUCAUUUCUGCAUCAGGGAAAUGUUAAAACCACUUCUCUCAGUUUAAGCUAUAAGUUAUUUUUAUUUUUUUUUUCCUCGUGUAAUGAAAUAAAAUUGCAACCUUUAUAAAGUAGCACAUUAGAUCUCAGCAGAAUAAUGGACAUAAAUGACAUAAAUGGACAUAAAUGACAUAAGUGGACAGCCUGAAGUUCAGAGACAAGGAAUUUGAUGGGAUUGGACAAAAGGAGGAGUCUGUGCUUUGGGUCCCAAGGAAAUCAGCAAAACCCCUGUCAGA